AUGACCGAGUCAACUCCACCAUCGUCCACCGCAAACAUUGGCGCCUCUCCCUCCCUCACAGCCCUUGACCCAAACAAUCCUCAACUCGUUGCAUUCUGCACCCGCCUCUACGCCGCCGCCCGCGCCGGCUCCCUCCCCGAAUUCGAGACCGCCCUCCCGGCCGGCCUGCCUCCAAACCUUCGCAACGACAAAGGCGACACCCUCCUCAUGCUCGCCUCCUACCACGGCCACGCCCCCCUCGUCCGUCUCCUUCUUUCUCACAACGCAGACCCAAAUAUUCUAAAUGAUAGAGGCCAGAGCUGCCUCGCGGGUGCGGUGUUCAAGAAGGAAGAGGAUGUUGUGAGGGCGUUGGUGGAAGGGGGCGCGGAUCCGGAUUUGGGAACUCCGAGUGCGGAACAGGCGGUGGUGAUGUUUAAGAUGGAGGGAGAUUGGGGAGCGUUGUUUGCAGAGGCGAGGAGGAAGAUACGGGAGAAGCAGGAGGGGGAGGGGAAGAGAGGGAGGGAGGGCUGGACCGUCGGUGUUGACACACCACCAGCUGCCUCGUCACAAAACUUCGCUUUACCUAGGCAAGUGGAAGAAGAACGUGAGCAAGCCGCAGGUCAAAAGGGAUUUUCUGAAGGCUAUAAGGGAGUCAACAGAGCGCUGGAAUAG